CUCGUAAAAGUGCUCCAUUUGUGGAUCUCUCUCCCUCUCUCUCUUUCUCCUUCUCUCUGGAGGUGGGGGCAGAGAGGUAUUAGCCGUGCGCCGCAGACAUCAUUAGGAGGGGAGACGCUUUUCCACCGUCAGCGCCGGAGCGCGGAGCAGAGCAGGGGAGCCCUGGCAACAAAAAGACACACUAACCCAGCAGCCCGUUACACCCCACGGGAAUGUUGGCUGUAGCAACAGACGGACAAACUUAAAAGGACAGAAAUACUUUUGAGUUUUUUCUCCUCCACUCCUGGAAAGAUUCAGCCUUUCAUAUCAGCCAACGUAAAGCUCCUGGUAAUCGUCCGCUCCCAGCUGAGCCGGACGCUCCACAUUCUUGGCCCACGUAGCUUUGACUCCUCUGCUCAGGGAGUGCUGAGUCCCUCAGUCCACGUUCUGCAUUGUGGGAUAUAGUCUGGAAGCCUCUCCAUGGCCUGUGCCACCUGCUGACAAACAAGGAAGUGUGGAGCAGUUGUGUUGAAUGAGGUUUCCUCUCAGUGUGGGAAGACUUUCUUUUGGAGGGAAAUGAUUCCACAUGAAGUACAACACACUCGGCCCCCCAUCAUCCUCUGCAGCAGCAGCAGGCAUAAUAUUGUGACGCUCUGCCCUACCAGACUAGGCUCUCCCCUCAGCCACUAAAGGUUCCUGGACAGAUCAGGCCGCCCCACUCCUCCCAUUAACUACCCACCCAUAUCUUCUUUUCAAACCCUCACCUGUCAGUUUUGAACAUUUUUUUUAUUCAAGUGAAAUGGAAAUUGACAUUGAUUAAUAAUCUGAAAAAAGAAUUAAGCAUUAAAAGUAAAAAAAAAGGAUCUAAGGAAAGUGAACAGGACGGUCAGAGUUCAAGUGAAAAAAAACAACAAAAGAAAAGGGUAUUGGAGCACAGCUAGAGAGAGGAUAAAGCAAGUGUAGUUGGGAGACUUGAGGUAAAAUUGAACAUGAAGUCCAACCAGGAGCGCAGCAAUGAAUGUCUGCCACCCAAAAAGAGGGGCACGUCCAGCACGUUACCACCUGAGAGUCGCUCUCCUGCUAUACCACCUGUUAGCGACAGGUCUGAGAACUCUGCCUGCUAUGUCUCUGUUGCUGGUGGAAAUGAAAGCAGUACUGGUGCACAUCAUAGCUCUAAUAAAACGGAUGGGCCCCUGUAUAAAUCCCCCUCCACCUUAUCAGACUCUUCCUCCUCCUCUUCGUCUUUGAGGCUAGUAUCAUCUCUUCCCACGGUGUAUACAUCCCCCCUAUCGCAGUCCACAAUAGGAGGAACAGUCCAUUACGCACAACUGCCUCCCAAUAUGCAGUUCAUCGCCUCAUCCUACACUACUCCAUAUACGAGCUAUAUUUCCCCUCAGAUACUCCCCCCUCCUCCUCCCCCUCCCCACUCCUCUUCAGCCACACAGAGACACUCAUACACAGAGACGUUACCUGCUCCAUCGCUGGCCUCCAAACAGGACCAUCGAGCAUCCGCUGGGCGAACCUCCAUGCCUCCUCCUUCUACGGACCCUUAUCCCCACCAUAUUCAGAUGUCAACAUCUCCAAGGACUGUGUCUUCGCCUCAUCACCAAGGAGGAACUCAUCUACCUUCCCAGUCCAUUCAUCCCCACAAAUAUAACGAUGGGUACAGCAGAAAGGAGGAAGGUACCAGACCCAGAGAGCUCCACAACGGUGAGCUGGAGAGGGGUAGGAGGUUUGGACACUCAUCAGAGUCUGGCCUCUCGAAGUUGGGAGUAAAAUUAAGGGAGGAGAGGUCCUCCUUGUCUUCCUUCGAGGCCCGUCAUCUGGUUCUGCCAUCAGAGUACUCUACUCAUGAUCACUUGGGCUUGAGAACCUCUGUCAUGUUAAUGCCUAAUAGCCAUGGGGACCACCAGCUGGUACCACCCAGAGGCAGCUCUGAGAAGCUGACAGCUUCUUCCCCUGCACACCUGGAGCGAGGCAGCAUGGGUAAGCCUGUCAGUCGCCCGCCCUCCUCAUCCAACAGCACCUGCUCUUUCACUUUUCCACCUACACAUAGUGCAGACAGCCUGAAAGCAGCUGUUAGCACGCUGCCGCCCCAGACUGUUAUUCAGACCACCCACAACACCUCAGAGCCACUGUCAUUGGGACUCCCUUCGACAAGCAUCUACCCACAGCAACCUCUAAUUGGUUACAUUACAGGGGGCAGUGGGAGCAGCUACCACACCGGCCUACAGCAACAUUUGCUCAUUCCAGGCAGUCAACCAGUCAUCAUCCCAGUUAGUGGCGGUGGCGUCCCCACACUGGAGCCUGUAACCUCUCACAUUACAUCAUCAACCCAAGCUGCACCUUUUCCUGCUACACUCCCACAUACAUACAUCGCUGCCACUGCCCCAAAAGGAGAAACUCUGGAAACCCAAAGUGGCUCCUUCCAUGUUGCUGCCCCAGGCGCAGUGGUUCAAGCCCAGCUCCAUCUCCCCAUCGUCUCUGCUCCUCCGGGGCUAGUUGCAGCUUCCACUCCUCCAACCCAUUCAAGUACAGCGGGGCCUCCCUCACUCCCACCAUAUUUUAUCAAGGGUUCCAUCAUCCAACUGGCAGACGGCGAGCUGAAGCGCGUGGAGGACCUGAAGACAGAGGACUUCAUCCAGAGUGCAGAGAUCAGCAGUGAGCUGAAGAUUGAUUCAUCCACAGUGGAGCGCAUUGAAGGCAGCCACACCUCACCUAACUUUGCUGUUGUUCAGUUCUCCGUUGGGGAACAUCGUACACAGGUCAGUGUGGAGGUGUUGCUUGAGUAUCCCUUCUUCGUGUUUGGCCAAGGAUGGUCAUCAUGUUGUCCAGACCGGACCACUCAGCUUCUGGAGCUGCCUUGUACAAAGCUUUCUGUAGGUGAUGUUUGUAUCUCACUUACUCUCAAGAACAUGAAGAAUGGAUCUCUGAAGAAGACGCAAUCUCCAGAACGAGGCAACAACGCUUCAGUCGCUCACUCCAGCCAUGCUAAAACCGCCAGAGCCAUCUCAGAAGCAUCCCAGAGCUGCAGUGUGGGAAAUCCCAGGCCCAGAGAACGCGAGAACGGGAUCCGCCAGCAGGGAAGCGCUGAAAGCAGGAAUGGGAGUGGAGAGGACAGCAGAGUGGAAAACGGAGAUCUUACGUUUGUGGAAAGAGCUCAGGUUGCCGGAAACAAAGACAUCAGCUCCAGUAAGCCGCCAGGGAGCAGGAAGCGGAGGUGGUCUGCACCUGAAGGUCGAAAAGUAGAAAAAUCAGAGGAGGAGCCCCCUUUGACCUUGCCCAAACCUUCCUUCAUUCCUCACGAGUUAAAAGUCAGCAUUGAGGGAAGGUCAAAUAUUGGGAAGUGAAAAGAGAGCAGGACUGUUAAAACACUUGGGAUUACAAAAUAAACAAAAAGAAAAAAGAUUCUACAGAAAAAAGGAACACCCACAUCAAUGUUUCAUUUGUCUUGUUUAUGUUAUUUUUUUUUUCUAUCUUGAAUACUGUACUGUAGAGGUAACUGUACCCUACGGCGUAUCACCUUACAUAUUAUCACGUGAGCAAUUGGUGCCGUUUCUGAUGAUAUUUCAUGAGAUGAUGUAUGCUGAGGGAUUGGUGAAGAGUGAAAACUUUGUCAUUGGUGGCUCUGUGGCGCACUGGCGCCGUGCUCGAUGGCUCUUCCCAGCCACUGAUGCAUUACACUAUGAAAAUGCAGGUUUUCUUGGUUUUGUUAAAAGCGAUGUCAUUCCCUACGCAUUUUCCAAGUUAGCGGUAAAACAAAAGCCAAAAGAUUUUACAUAUGAAGGAUUUGCAACUGAAUCCUGAAUGUAAUCCUUAAAUUAUACUAAUGUUUGGUACAAUUUAACCCCAUUUAUGUUUUUUUAGAACACGCAAACCAAGCAGGAGUCAUGGAGUAGAGCCAGUGUGCCACAUUGUAGAGAGGGAACAACACUUACUCUGCUUACUUUAUUGACGGCAGAGUCUUUACUUUUAUUUGUAGCAUUUUCGUUUUGAUGUUUUAAUUACUUUAACCUCUCAUCUUUUAUCUCACCAGAUAGUUGCUUUAAAUGAUUGUCAGAAAAACUAAAUCAGGGGUCAUUUAUUCCUCGAUUGAACCCUAGUCAGGUCAUUGUUGGGUGUAUACAUGUGGGACACCCUAACCUGAUACAUACAAGUGCAAAACACACUGUUUUGGUGAGCAUUGCUUUAAGAAAAAGAUGAUUGUGUACAAUCCUAAUUGUAUUUGAUAAAAUUGCUCUGUAUUUGUGUCUGUCUAGAAGAGCUGCGUGAGUGGAACAAAGAGAAUUUUGCAUGUGAGCUCUGAGAGGGUCAGGACGUUUCACAUCGAUUUAAACACCUUUCACACUCACCCUACAGCCAACAGACUUUAGUUGUAUCUUUAUUCACACAGUACUGCAUGUUUUUAGAUAUAUUUUUUUUAUUAUUAUUUGGAGAAAAGUAGAAAGUAGCAGCAGCACUUUGGAGAAGAGUGGCGUUUGGAAAAGUGACAGGGAGCAGAUGUGCCAUGGAAUUACAAAGCAGUGAAUAAAUGUGACAGGUUUGGAAGAAAUGCAAGGUCAGACAUGGAUUCCGAGUUGAGUUGGGGAAAUUAAUUCCAAAAGUAGUCAUUCAGAGUGCUUUGUGAGACAUUUUGUCUCAUCACAAUCACAAACUUCAAUAUAUUUAAAUGGGAUUUUAUGUGGUGGACCAACACAAAGUUCUGCAUUCUCACUUUAUGUAUGUAGCACCUUCUGUAUUCCCUACGAUUGAGUAAGGCAGUAAAUUUUACCUAAAUUACAAGCUGGUUAACAUCUUUUUAUUUAAGUAACACAAAAAAAAAGGCGUGGAAUACAAACGAACACCACUUUCCAGUGAUACGCUUAUUUGUGUUGGUCUAUGACUUGAAUAAAUCAAACUGUGUGGCUGUAAUGUGACAAAAUGUGAGGAAAAGGUUUUGAUUGUUUUGCAAGGCACUGUAAACAAUAGUAGACAAGUAUUAGAAUGUGAUUUCAUAGUUUGGGCUGUGGCAUAUAGGUGAAUGGAGAGAAACAACUUUGAAACAUCCCAGAGAUGUUCUGUGCUAAACUGAGAGCUUAGAAACUCACAACACAUCAUUUUGAAGGUCAUCAUGUGUUUGUAACAUAAUGUGCGUGUAUGAUGCUGGUCUGUAGGUGUCCAAACACGCAAACACACACAAAAUGACAUACAGACCAUUCGAUAAAUCAGUGACCUUUGAUAUGUACUGUAUUUGUCAAUACACUUUUAGGUUCGAGCAGGUGCAAGCAUAUUUGGUGCACGACGCAUCAAAUGCAGACAGCGGUGGACUGGCGUUGGACUGGUGCACACAGCUAGCAGUACUGUCACACUGAAAGUGCUUUGUGGGGUGUUUUGUAUGGAUGAGAUUUUAGGAGCGUGUGUGUUUGUGAGUGUAUAGUGCAUAGGAAAGAGGUAAUUAUUCGAUAUAUAUUUAGGAAAUGCUUAAUGUCCAGUGUUUCUACUUGGAGUCUUUACUUACGAGAAUCUUGCAAUUUGCACAUCAGGAGAGAGAACGAUGGAGACAUGAUCUUGCAGCGGCCCUGUCCUGAAACAAACUCUAGACCACAUAUAAGACACUGGAGGAAACCAGGGUUGUUGUUGUUUUUUUUCUGUUCCACAACAGGCACUUUUAGAGCAAAUGCUUCUACAUCAGCUCAUUUCAUGUCAAAUUACGUUAAGUUAUUCAAACACAGAGCCGAAUUUAGAUGUGCCUGCCUACUGAACUUAUUCUAAGAUGAAUAAUUUCUGGUGCUUCUCAAGGAAACUCUUUGCCUUCAGUUGAGGCUAGAGUGACUGAGAUGGAGCAGCUCAAACAGCUGACAGCCAUUAUCACUAAGAUAGGGUGGUAACCUUCGCAGCUGUCCUUACCUGGUGGGAAAAACGGUCAAAUCUUUAGAACAAUGAUGUCAAAGGUUGAACAACCUCACGCAGCCUAUACUAUGGAGCAGUUCCCCAAAUGAUUUGAGCUUACCAAACCUGAUUCAUACAGUAUUUCCACCAUUGUUUGCUUAUUAGAAAUUAAUGAAAUCAGACUGGCCUUAUGCUGCUGUAAAGCUACAACCUCAGCAUGACUAGAUAGAUAUAUUUUAAAUGACUUAUUUUUAUGCAUAUAGCACAAUUGACCAUGCCAAAUAUAUUUGUUCAGCAACCAUGCAGGUAUGCAGAAUAGAACACACACUUCCAAAUUAUACAUUAGUUUUUGAGACCCCAAAGGAAAGCUUCAGUUAAAAUAUUUUAAUGCUGGCAAAAAAGACACCUAGUCAAAUUUUUAUGUUGAUACGCUGAUGGAAGACUCCAUUGAAAGGCUCAAAUUGCUGGUUGAGGUGCAGAUUCCUCUCGGAUUUAUAAAAAAAAAAUGUGUCUAGAUUGUUGGAAAAUAUUUACAGUAGAUGUGGUACCCAUACACUGCUAAACACAAGGGGAAAAAAUGGCAAGUGCUAAGAAUUAGCUUUUAUUCUUCUAUUUUACUGCAAUCCAGGGACAUUCAAAAUCAGGUCCCAGAAACCAUAGAUCGGUCUUCAUCUGUCAUGGCGGGGACCAGAGGAUGUUUCACCAUGAGGUUAACGUAUUCAAAAGGAAUUCUUCUGCAAGCAUAUCUGUUAAGCUUAUCGGCUUCUGGUCAGCGGUUGUUUUUACGCUUCCAUAGCCCAUUUCUAAGUCAUGGCUUUUUUAAGUGCAUCCCACAGGUUAAAGAUCAUAACUAAUCUAAGGAGCAGUGAUUUGUUCAUGUGGUGAGUGUUAUCUGGGUUAAUGGCAGGAUGGAUGUGUGUUCAGAUGGGUGGAUCAGUCAACAACACCAAUUGGAAGGGGAGUUAAAGAUAAGAAUGAGAUUUGAAAAUGCUUUAUUUUUUUAUAAUAAAACAGGGUUUUCAGAUCAAAAUCACCAUAGUAGUGCUCUUUUAUUUCUAUCCUCUCCUGUCAAAAGCUUUUUUUUUUUCAAAAGAAGUAAAAAGACGUGUCCUUGAGUGUGUGUUUUUGUAAAAAUGUAUGUUUUCGGUUUUGUCUAACCCCUCCUACCUACUAAAGAUUCAGGAGAGCCUCAACAUAAAGACAAACUUAAACCUGCUCCAGACAUUCAAACUUCUAUAAUCAAAACAGGUAAAUACUGAAAAAAAAUGUAUACCAAAGCCUCAUUAUCCUGCUGUUGGUUGGUUUUAGAAAAGCAAUAAUAAUAAUAAAAAAAAAAACAAUAUUGAGGCACUCCUUUUUACAUGACUGGAACUAUUUCUGCAAUAAUCAUUCAUUAAUAAUAUUCCUCCAGCAUUACAAUCUAAACAAAUGUAAUUUUUUUUAUUUUGAAAGAAACAAUAGUAUAAAUACAUCUUAUUUCAAUUCCCCUAUUCCCCCUCAUCAUGAAUUCUAUUGUAAUAUCUUGAACUUUAGGAUGUAUUAUUAGUUAUUAGUUAUCAGGGAAAACUUCUAUUCAUGCAGUAAUUGAAUCCAACCCCCAAAACCUCUUCUUUUUCGUACUGGUCAGUCAUUAAUGUGAUGCUAAAGCUGAAGGUUAGCAUGUGUCACAUGCACCUGAAGCGACUAGUGCUUUGUGUCUGCCCAGCUCUGCCUCGUUGCCACGGCUACAUAGUAACCUCUUAACUUUGUUUCAGGUACCCAAUCACAGCCAGCCAACCUCCCAAGCACUUCUUCUUGAAGCAAAGCAAUCGUUAAACCACAUGACAACCGAUAGCUACCUUUCAGCGUGAUUCUGUCUAAAUGUUUGUUAAUAGCAGCCAUUAAGGGGAUUUCUUGAAAGGGGGUUCUCAGGAGAGCGUUUGAGCAGUCAGUGUCUUAACUAGAACUUUCAAGCCUUGAAUAAACUAAGUUUGCUAAAGAUUUUUAAAUGAGCUGAUUAUUAUAAACUGGUUAGCCAUAUAUAGACAGAUGCAUCUAUCUUCUUGGGUCUUCACAGUGAUCACAUAUUUGUCUGUGGUUCCAUACUAAAGAUGUUUCUUAACCAAAACAUCCUACAAGGUGUUGAGUGUUAGUGGUUUUACCACUGAAUACUUAACCUUUUCUUGCAGGAUGCACUUAAAACUUUUAAGUUGAACAUUAUGAGCAAAGAUCAACACUUUUUAGUGUGAAUAACCAUCAAGCAGUAAAUAACAGGAGAUUUAAGGUUGAUUAUAAAAUAGUGUUUACAUUAAUUGCCCUUUUUAGCUGUAAACUAGGACAAAUAGCUUUAAUAAUAAAGCUGCCAAUAUUUUCUUAAACUAAUCUUUCACUCUGAUCUAAACUGAUUUACAACUCUUUUAUGAAGCCACUUAAAUCUUUUUAAUGAUCUUAGAACUGUUUUGAUGCACUUUUAGUUUUAGUUCAACUGUUUCAGAAUAGCUGAGCUUACCUUUAUGCUGAUAUCACUGUCCUUUUCCCCUGAUAACUAAGGUGCUAAUGUGAAUUGGCCAUCAAGAUUUCAGGACUCUGUAAAUGUCCCCAAACUGUCAGAUAAUUAAUUGUUAAAUUAAUCAUAAAGUAGGUCAGGCCUUUUGUUUUAAUUUAAUUUACUCCCAGCAUCCAGAGAUAAAUAAACCUUCAUCAGUGUAGUUUGUCUGAACAGUGCUGCAUCUGAAGAAAUAACGUUUUUUGCUGUUUACUGGGUCAGUACAGAUUUUUUUUGUUUUGUUUUUUUAUAUCUGGUAGCAUAUAUUAGCUGGAAAACAGAUAUUUUUUAUAGUGUUAAAUGUAUAGAAAGUGUGAUGUUGGUGUUAUUUGCCAAAUGCAGCAUGUUAACUUAUGGCAGUGAAACAGAAGGAGGGUUGUGUUGUCAGAACCCUAUUCAUAUGGCCUUUAAUUGUUGUUGAGUAACUAAAAAUAACACUGCAGCUCAGUUAUUGAAAAAUAAUUUAUUUGGAGCUUGAUUUGAUGUAUUUUAUCGCUGAAAAGAUUGUCUAAAUAGGUCGAUCAAACUCCUUUUAUUUUUUUGUGUUUAAGUCUUUUAAAAAAAACACUAUAAAUAUUAGACUUUGGGUGCAUGGCAAACGUCUUUCUUGAUAUCCAAUAUGUAAUUCUUCACAAGAUUAUAUAGUACAGGUAAGACACUGGCUGCUUCUAUCUAUCGAAGAGAACCCCACUUCAAAAAAUCUGAGCCUUCCCUUUAGUUUUAUUUUGACAUGGAGUUUAGUUGUAAAUGUUAAUUGUGGGAGUUUCAAAGAUUUUGUUUUUUGCUAUUAUAUAAUUGAUUCCAAGUUCACCUAGUUUUAGUCCAAUUUAAAUGUACCCUAAAUGUGCAAUAUUUACAGUUUGAUUUCCCCUCUUUAACUGUGCCAAGUUUAUGUAGUGCCGUCUGACUCCAAGCUUUUGGUUUCUUUCCCUUCUGCGUUGAUAAGGAGGCUAUUUUAUCAAUCAAGAAACAAAUCCAUCAUCUUUUAGAGGUUUUCAGUUACUCUUUUUUUAACUCAACUUUGUGGCCUUCCUCUUUUUUUGAGUAUGUGUUUUAUCAUGCGUCCUACAUGUAGUUUAAAGACGUGUGUGUGUGUGUUAGUGAGUGUGUGGGUGUGUUCUUUAAGUGUUUGUGAGAUCAUAAACCCUGAAAAUCACUGGUUCAUGGUGAGAUCUACAGAUUAAAAAAAAUCUCACUGAUUGUUGGGGACCAUUGUUUUGUAGAAAGCUGAAAAAAAGAAAACUUAAAAAAAAA